UCUGUCCCUGUAAGCAGUCAGCUGUCUGUGGUUGGAGCCAAAGCUUGGGGGUCCAGCGACCAUGAGGCAGGCGGUGGAGGCUCAGGUGUUGAACCCCCACUGUGAGCUCGGAGAACACGGCCUGCGUCAGAUCCUCACAGAUGUGAUCGAGGAGGUGAAGAAGUCGGUAAAUCCAGACAUCGACGGAGCGGAGAUCCUGCACAGUCUGCUGAACGCCUCCUGGCUGCAGUCGCUGCUCAAGGUGUACGAGUGUCUUCAGAGGUACCUGAGAAACUCCCCAGCCCCCGCUCUGGACUACGCUUCAGGACUCUCACUCCAGUUGCUGAUCGACAUCCGAUCGUUGCCAGGCUGCUCUGAAGACGCAAAAGAGCUCUACCGCCUCCUGAGACAGCCACAUCUGCAGGCUCUUCUCUCAGCUCAUGAUACGGUGGCCCAGAAGGACUAUGAGCCAGUGCUGCCACCGAUGCCUGAUGACCUGCCUGACGACGAGGAGGCCACCAGGAUCAUCUGCCUGGUGAAGAACAAACAGCCUCUGGGAGCAACCAUAAAAAGAAACGAGGUCUCCGGGGAGAUCUUUAUCGCUCGGGUGAUUCAUGGAGGGCUGGCAGAUCGGAGUGGUCUACUGCAUGCAGGGGACAGGAUCAUAGAGGUGAAUGGUUUUCCUGUAGAUGGGAUGGAGCCGGAACAAGUGAUCCAAGUAGUGCAAGCGAGGUCACAAGGCACUAUCAUGUUCAAGGUCAUCCCCAUCACAGAAAGGCCGGUCCACAACCAGACGAUGCUGUACGUGAGGGCCAUGGUCGACUACAGCCCGCAGCAGGACCCGGCCAUCCCCUGUGCCGACGCAGGUAUGAGCUUCAGAAAAGGUGACGUCCUGGAGAUCGUGGACCAGACAGACGCCCUCUGGUGGCAGGCCAAGAAACUGCCCAGCAACACAGCCUGCGCCGGCCAUCCCUCCACCAACCUGCUCAAACGGAAGCAGAGGGAGUUCUGGUGGUCUCAGCCUUAUCAGCCACAUGCCUGCAUACAGACCUUGAGCACUGUGGAGGAAGAGGAAGACCUGAUAGCCAUCGAUGAGAAAUGUGUGGAAGCAGACGAGGAGGCUUUUGAAUCUGAGGAGCUCCGAGAAGAGGAGGAUGACUUCAGCAGCAACAUUGAAAGCAUCUAUUUAGCGGGCUUCAGGCGCAGUAUGCGUCUGUGCCGGCGGCGCUCUCACAGCACCACCCAGCCGUCCUGUCACACCCGCUGCCCCAGCAGCUGCUAUAGCGCCCUGAACUGCCCCUACGAGGAGGUGGUGCGAUACCAGCGCCACCCGCAGGACAAACACCGCCUCAUCGCCCUCAUAGGUGCAUCAGGUGUUGGUGUGAAUGAACUAAGAAGGCGUCUGAUUGAAUUGAACCCCAACGUCUUCCAGGGAGCCGUAGCUCACACCACGAGAGCACCCAAAGGAUACGAGGAGUCUGGCAGAGAAUAUCACUUCACAAGCCGAGAAAUCUUCGACAACAUGGUUUACAACAACAGGUUUCUGGAGUACGGUGAGUACAAGGGGAAUCUUUAUGGCACCAGCAUCGAGUCUGCCAGGGAGGUUUUAAACAGUGGAAAGAUCUGCUUUGUCGACAUCGAGCCGAACGCCAUUCAGGCAGUGAGGACCCAUGAACUGAGGGCGUACGUCAUCUAUGUGAAGCCUCCGCCUUUGGAGCGACUGAGGGAGACCAGACGGGAGGCAUUCAUCACCACCAACUACUACGUCAACCGCCCCUUUAAAGAUGAAGAUUUUCAGGAGAUCGAGGAAUCCGCUCGAAAGAUGGAGUCCCAGUACGGGCAGUUUUUUGACCACAUAAUCAUCAACGAGGAACUACAGGACGCCUGCGUGGAGCUGCUGGCGGCGUAGAAGGCGCAGGACGAGCCACAGUGGGUCCCCGCCAGCUGGAUACGACCCACCUCCGAGUCAUAAGGAGACGAGGGAGAUGGAAGGGAUGUCUGAACCACUGUGUUAGAGUUUCAAGUCAAAAGUUCAAAUUUAGAGCCAUCUUAAGUGUGCUACUAUAUACAAAGUGUGUUUUUAUUCAUUGCAAGGAUUUAACUUUAAAACAAUGCAACAGCAGAUUUUUCUAUGGUUUAUUAGGCUUACAAAUAGUGUUAGAAAAUUCACUAAUACUUUGAUAUUAACUUUAAUUUAGCAAAUAUUCACUGUGACCCUUGAAAAAAAUACACAAGAUUUAGCCGUGCUACCCAACCAUGUUUUCUGUUUUUUUAUUGAAUUUUCUCCAAGUGAUGUUUACAAAUUUAAAAUGUAGGUGGUUUCUUGUUUGACUUUAAUAUAUAUAUCAUUUUAUUUUCCAUUCAGAAUUUCUGUCAUUUUAUUUGUGGUUGCUGUGUUGGUGUGUCAUAUGCGGAACAAUUAAUUAAGACGUAUGAAUACAAGCUAUUCGGCACAAAAAUGUACACUUUGUGUCCUCUUUUUUUAAUAAAACAAUGUUAUAAUAA